GUUUGCGGACGCGCGAUUAGGACGCGACUCUCAAUAGGGGAUACGGAUUGUCUGUCAAAUACUGUACGGAAUAUUCGAGCAAUCCAUUAUUUGUCUCGGAUGCGCUUGAACACGUUUUGAGGGGACCUCGUGCGAUGUUGUUCACGACAAUCCCGCUAACACGCCGUUUCGUACUUUCGUGAGGAUCGUAAUCAGAUGAGCUCAGAAUCUCAAUGGCAGUGUUGUGUAUUACUGCGAUGAAAGAUGCCAAUUCUUAAAGAGCUGUACUUCUACUGAAGUGGUUCUGGUUCAAGAGGCCUGCUAAAGCACAAUGAGAGCCAUUGUAUCAAUCGCACUGAUCACACUGCUGUGUGUCAUAAGUUUAGCCCCUGUCAAUGCCGAUUGGAAGUGUGCCAGUAAAAAGAAAAAUGUUGAUAAUCUUUCUUUGAGACAGAGCUCGACAGGUGUACCUGAAGAUGCAUCCAAUGACCAUAAUGGAAAUAAAAAUGUCAAAUUUGACACAUGUAAUAAUUUCUGUCAUGCCUUAUGGCAAGAGGAUAAGACUGCAAAUGGUACUGAAAUUAUAAUUUUAUCGCAAGGUUGUUGGAAACAAUCUGGUGAGCAAAAAUGUGAAAAUGCAGAAUGUGUUGCACUUGAGAGAUCUACAAAAGCUUUGAACAAUACAAAAUUUUGUUGUUGUCAUGGAGAUUAUUGUAAUCUUAAUAUUACAAGUUCUAAUCUUGCUUACUCAGAUAACAAAAUAUUUAAUCCUCUUUCCUCACAAAAAAAUCAGCCAACUACAGAAUAUCUUGAACAGUCAAAUUCUGAACGAUGGAUGCUUAUUAUAGUAGGCAUCGUACUAUGUGCAUUACUAGUGUUAUGUAUCAUAGGGAUGAUCAUGUACAGAAUGUAUCAUAAUAAUUUAGCAAGGUUAGGCAAUCCAUUACCUUAUAAUGAUCAAUUCAUGGAUAGUACAGCAUUAAGAACUGGUACUUAUACGGUUGAUCAUUUGAAACUCACAACUAUUGUAGGUCAAGGACGAUAUGGAUCAGUUUGGCAAGGUAGCAUGGGAGAUCAAGAUGUUGCAGUUAAAAUAUAUCCCUCACACUAUCGCAACUAUUUUCAGAAUGAGAAAGAUACUUAUUGUUUACCUUUUAUGAAGCAUCCAUCAUUAUUAAGCUAUUAUGGUACGGAUGAAAGAAUAAGUAUGGAUGGUAAUGUUGAAUAUCUUUUGGUAUUCAGUUUUGCUCCAGGUGGUAGUUUAACAGAUUUUUUACGAAUACACACUAUUGAUUGGACUACAUUCUGUAAAAUGAGUCUUUCAAUAGUUAAAGGACUUGCUUAUUUGCAUACAGAUAUACGCAAAGUGACUGGUGACUGUGAAAAGUUAAAACCAUGUAUUGCACAUAGAGAUAUAAAUUCGAGAAAUAUAUUAAUCAAAGCUGAUGGUACUUGCUGUAUUUGUGAUUUGGGUUUGGCAGUUCGAAUCUCUGGAUCUAAGUAUUAUUCUAAUGGAGAAGAACAGCAUGCUGAAUUAAAAUCAAUUAAUGAUGUGGGCACUUUGAGAUAUAUGGCACCAGAAGUAUUAGAAGGUGCUGUUAAUUUACGAGAUUGUGAAAGUUCUUUAAAACAGAUAGAUGUUUAUGCAAUAGGAUUAGUUCUUUGGGAAUUAGUUACAAGAUGUUCUGACAUUUAUAUUCCUGGAUCAGAAGUACCGCAAUAUAAACAGCCAUAUGAAAAUGAAAUAGGUCUUCAUCCAACAUUUGAACAAAUGCAAAAUUUAGUAUCACGUAAUAAAGCCAGACCACUUUUAGAAAAUAAUAUAGUGGAUAGACCAGGGGUGCGUUUGAUUAAGGAAACUAUGGAAGAUUGCUGGGAUGCUGAUGCGGAAGCUCGUUUAACUGCUUUGUGUAUAGAAGAACGACUUUCGGAAUUGCAGUCUCAUCGUGUAACAAUGCACUUUACUGAUGGAAGUCCAAUGGUGAAUUCUCAUUGCACCUUAGUGCCUUCAACAACAAACAGUCUUUAUAGCGAGUCUUCGCAUCAUGACAAUGUACAUGUUGUUCAACUUGCAUUAAACAUGGUCCAAGAUGGUAAUACUAAUGACAGCGCAAUAGCUGAAAAUUUAGUUACAUUAUCACCAUCUGAUAAUGUUGCUCAUGAACACAGUUUUAAAAAUUCAAAUGAAGUAGCAACAUAUAAUCAUACUCAUACGCUUCAGCCGUAUCAAGGCAGAAAUCCAUGUAUGGAGAGAAAUUUAAUGUUACAAUCGGAUUCGUUAGACGACUUGGGCUGUAAUGGUAACGUUCUCGUGGAUAAGUCACUGAAGCAUGCGUGUUAUGAUCAAUAUAAGAUCGCCACAGAAGCACAAGGUCUGGUUUCACACGAUUACUUAAGUCAACACACUACCCAAUUAACGCAACUCAGACCAGCGACGCCUAUACCAUAUGUCCAAAAUGUUAUUUCCGACGAAGGAUCAACUUCGUGUAAUAAGCGAAAACAAACGAACAUACAAGACUCGUCGCUUCAAGAAAGUCCGCGAAAAAAACUAUUUGCCUGGCCCAAUUUGAAAAAGUUGCUCAUUAACAAAAAGAUGUAUCCGUAUAGCAGAUACCAAAUAGACAGGGAGGAUUCUAAGUCGAAUUUAUUAUCAAAACAAAAUAUACAAAUUAAAACUGUCGAAACAAACGUAACAAUCUCGCCUGGAGGAAAGUAUGUUAAUGGUAUUGUUGGUAAAACUUCUACCUCGACGAUGCCAGUAGAGAAGAACGACAAAAAUACGACGCAAAUGGGGAAGCAAAAACAAUAUGAGACUGAUAAUGCGACAUCUAACGCACGUCCUUCUACUUUACCACUUGUAAAUUUAAGAAACAAAAAGAGAGAAAACAAUCUAAGCAGACAACAGAGCAUUGAUAAAUUUAACGAAGUCUUUAAUGUGGGUUCAAACGUAAACAAUGCACUAAAAGACCCACAUAUGAGAAUAAAAACACCUGGUGAUUUGCCACCAUCUGUUAGAAAAAUUCGUGGUCGUGCACAAUCAACAGCCAGAUUUUCUCUCUACGACGAUCGUAUGAUGUGCAAUAUCUUGAAUGAAGAAGAUGAUCGAAAUGACAAAGCCAUUUGGAAUUCAGUGCCAUUUGGUAUGGAUCUCGGUGAUAAUGAUGGGAAACAUUCACCAACGAAACUUGGUACCAAAAAUGUUACGUGCUUUUAAUCAGAUAUGAUAUUACUGUAUUUGUAAAAUCUUUAUGUUUAUAACUUAGUCACAGAAAUGUUGUAGGACCUCUAGCUUCAAUUUAUGUACAGAGAAAGAGAGAAAGUGAGU